AUGCCACGACCGGCUAAUUUGCGGACAGGGUCAACGGGCUAUGAGUAUGGUCAACUCCGAAAUAACGACACUGCUUAUGGCAAACGUGAUGUCGCCGAUUGCAAAUUCCCUUCGAUACCUAAGAAAGCGGACAAAACGUCGAAGCGAAAUGCCAUCUGGGGAAUUAUAGGGACUGCCUCCUUCCUAAUGGUCGGCUUCAUGGGAGUCGCGAUAGCUUUCACCGUCAUGUUCGCUGUCAAAUCCCUAAAUUUUCGCGACUAUAGACCCGGCAACCCAAGCCCCGACAGCCCAGAAUAUGCGCUCUACAAAAACACUCGAUUCGAGGAAUGCUACAGUACACGAGCAUCUACGGCAAACUGUGCCGCCAUACUGGUCGCUCUAAAGAGAACCGGCAUUAAUAAAAUUACUGGUUUCGGGGACAAUAACCUCGGGUACCUCGGCAGUAAUACGGUAUUUGACGAGGGCAGCAGGUCUAUCUCGGACUGGUGCGAAGCGAUGAGCUGCUUUAAUGACUACAAGGUCAUUCCGUCUACUAUACGUGAUUCGGCCAUUUGGCCGAACCUCCUCACUAGCUGGACCGCAUCUGCGGGCUUUGUAUUAGGAUCGCUGGUUCAGCUUUGUCUACAGCAGAAGGCGUUGUACAGCAAGAGGAAUAUGUAUGAGCCCUGCAAAGGACUUGGUGAUGUACACUGGUACAGUUGGCCAUUUAUUGUCAUUGAUCUAUGUUCGUUCAUCUGGUGGUGGAUUUUAUUUGGGAAACUGGUUGCCGCUCCAGAGAGCGCUGCCACACCCUUUAUAGUUGGCUGGGUCAUCCCCUGGAAAUAUGCCGGUCAGUUCAGAUACCAUCCAUUUUCAUGCGCAUUUCGGAAAAACCGUCGUGGACAAAUGGUUAUACGGUGGACCUUCUACAUCCUUGCAGCAAUACAGUGGAUCGCUUCGUUGUACGUGAUCCAUGUCAAUUUUCCUUCCGGCUUGUCUACUAGCUGGGGCCUGCGCGCGCCGAAUCCAAGCUACGAUUGCGUGCAGUCUCAAAUCGAAGCUGCACCCGGAGCUUCGACUUGCUCAGCGACACAGAUCUGCUCUCGCAACUGGCUCUUCGUUGAUCCUGGGUUUGAACCCGCCUAUCAGCAUUCAAACUCAAUAAUCGCUAUAGGGAUAAUGUUCCUCGCAUUGACACUAACGGCCCUUUCACCUCUCGCUAUGAUGGCCUUUGCUUGUUUUCAAAGAGAGAAGAGUCCGGGCUUAUCCCCUCGUAGCAUGCUACGGUGGUCCGAUCCAGGACCAAUUGCCAUCCUUUCCAUUCUCUCCCUUUUUGAGAUUAUUGUUGGGUGCAUACUUGUUGAUGAUAUCGUAAAGAGACUCGGUGUUACUCCUGACGCGGCAGUGAUCUUUGACUGGGAAUGUCAGGCUAUUCAUGUUGCUUUGAGUCCUUGGAGGUAUUACAUUGAUGUGCACUAUGAACAGGGGUGGCGAAUUGCUAAGAUGUGGUUUAAUUCGUGA